AUGUCCACCAAGGCAGAGCAGUUUGCUUCAAAGAUUCGAUACUUGCAAGAGUAUCACAACCGUGUGCAGCACAAUAUUUAUCCAGUGCCCUCCGGAACUGACAUUGCAAACACACUGAAAUACUUUUCUCAAACCCUGCUCAGCAUUCUGUCCCGCACAGGCAGGAAGGAGAACCAGGAAGCUUCCAAUAUGGCCGUGCCCAUGACCAUGUGUCUUUUUCCUGUGCCAUUCCCACUCACCCCAUCUCUAAGACCACAAGUCAGUUCCAUCAACCCUACAGUUACUCGCUCCCUCCUUUACAGCGUUCUGCGCGAUGCCCCGUCAGACCGCGGGGGGCAGGGGCAGCAGAGUCGGGACGCUCAGCUCUCAGAGUACCCCUCUCUGGACUAUCAGGGCCUCUAUGUGACCCUCGUGACCCUGCUUGACCUGGUGCCCCUGCUGCAGCACGGUCAGCAUGAUCUGGGCCAGUCCAUAUUUUACACAACAACUUGCCUUCUGCCCUUUCUCAGUGAUGAUAUUCUCAGCACUUUGCCCUAUACUAUGAUCUCCACUUUAGCCACAUUUCCCCCUUUCCUCCACAAAGACAUCAUUGAGUACCUCAGCACCUCUUUCCUCCCUAUGGCCAUAUUGGGAUCUACCCGGCGGGAGGGGGGAGUCCCAGCCUAUGUUAAUCUGUCUGCUUCCUCCAUGCUCAUGAUUGCAAUGCAGUACACUACAAAUCCAGUUUAUCACUGUCAAUUGUUGGAGUGCCUAAUGAAGCACAAACAGGAAGUGUGGAAGGACCUUCUUUACGUCAUAUCGUAUGGCCCAUCCCAAGUCAAGCCUCCAGCAGUCCAGAUGUUAUUUCAUUACUGGCCUAACCUAAAGCCACCAGGAGCCAUCAGUGAAUACCGAGGACUGCAAUACACUGCUUGGAACCCUAUUCACUGUCAACACAUUGAGUGCCACAAUGCCAUCAAUAAACCUGCUGUCAAGAUGUGCAUCGAUCCCACUCUUUCGGUCGCCCUGGGAGACAAGCCGCCUCCUCUUUAUAUAUGCGAAGAGUGCAGUCAGCGUAUAGCUGGAGAUCACGCUGAAUGGCUGGUUGAUGUUCUUCUUCCCCAAGCUGAAAUAUCUGCCAUUUGUCAAAAGAAGAACUGUAGCUCUCACGUCAGGAGGGCCGUGGUCACCUGCUUCUCGGCUGGUUGCUGCGGGCGCCAUGGUAACCGGCCUGUCCGCUACUGCAAGCGUUGUCAUGUCAACCACCACAGUAGCGAGGUGGGGGCUGCGGCGGAGACUCAUCUGUACCAGACCUCGCCUCCUCCGAUCAACACCCGGGAGUGUGGGGCAGAGGAGCUAGUUUGCACCGUGGAGGCUGUUAUAAGCCUACUCAAGGAGGCUGAAAUUCAUGCAGAACAACGUGAGUUUGAGCUCAACAGGCGUCGGCAGAUGGGCCUUUCAUCCUCACAUCAUUCUCUGGACAACAUCGAGUUUGAUAACAAGGAGGACGACCAGCAUGACCAGCGCCUCCUCAGCCAGUUUGGCAUCUGGUUCCUGGUGAGCCUUUGUACCCCCAAUGAGAACACACCCACUGAGAGUUUGGCCCGGCUGGUCAGCAUGGUUUUCCAGUGGUUUCACUCUACCGCCUACAUGAUGGACGACGAGGUCGGAAGCUUGGUGGAGAAGCUAAAACCGCAGUUUGUCACAAAGUGGUUAAAGACGGUGUGCGACGUAAGAUUUGACGUCAUGGUCAUGUGUCUCCUGCCCAAACCUGUCGAGUUUGCCAGGGUGGGAGGCUAUUGGGACAAGUCCUGUAGCACAGUGACUCAACUGAAGGAAGGUCUGAAUCGCAUCCUGUGUCUGAUCCCUUACAAUGUCAUCAGCCAACCACUGUGGGAAUGCUUCAUGCCCGAGUGGCUGGAGGCCAUCCGCACAGAGGUGCCUGACCAGCAACUCAAAGAGUUCCGGGAAGUCCUCAGCAAGAUGUUUGACAUUGAGCUGUGCCCGCUUCCCUUCUCCAUGGAAGAAAUGUUUGGUUUCAUCAGCUGCAGAUUUUCUGGCUAUCCAGCGUCCGUGCAAGAGCAAGCCCUGCUGUGGUUGCAUGUGCUCUCAGAGCUGGAUAUCGUGGUGCCUCUCCAGCUACUAAUUGGCAUGUUCUCGGAUGGCGUGAACUCUUUGAAGGAGCUGGCCAAUCAGAGGAAGGCACGUGCUUCCGAUCUGACUAGCAACACCGGGGCUCGCAGGGUGAGCGUGGUGUCAGAUCCGGGACGCCGUGGCCAGCACAACACCCUCAGUCCAUUCCCGAGUCCUUUCCGGAGCCCGUUCCGCAGCCCGCUACGCUGCAGUCCGUUUAAAAACCUGGGCCACGCCGCCGGCCAUUGUGCCCUGGAUUUAGACUGCGAUGACGACGACAUGAAUCUGGGCUGUUUCAUCCUCAUGUUUGACCUCAUCCUAAAACAGAUGGAGCUGCAAGAUGAUGGUGUGAUGCUGGGCUUAGACACCUGCUUGGGGAAAGAUAUCGUAGGGAUCAUCAAUAAUGUCUUCCAAGCCCCGUGGGGGGGCUCGCACACCUGCCAGAAGGAUGAGAAGGCCCUGGAGUGCAGCCUUUGCCAAUCCAGUAUUCUGUGUUACCAGCUGGGCUGCGAGCUCUUGGAGAGGCUGACCCCCCGGGAAGAGAUACGUCUGGUGGAACCGACAGACAGUUUAGAAGAAACGUUAUUGGUUCCCCCGCCAGAUUUCUCCCUCGGAGGGGAGAACGGAAGCGAGGAAGAAGACAACCCGAAUACGGCGCACACUGACAACCCCAGCAACCAGUCUCCUGAUACUGCACGUAAGUCUCUGAAAAAUAACUCCGACAAGAGAUUCUCCUACCAGCAACUUCCUGUGACUUUGAAACUUAUAUACACCAUCCUGCAGGAAAUGUCCAAGUUUGAAGAGCCCGACAUCUUGUUCAACAUGCUGAACUGUCUGAGGAUUUUAUGUCUGCACGGAGAGUGUUUGUACCUUGCCCGUAAGGAUCAUCCCCAGUUCCUGGCCUACAUCCAGGAGAAAAUGCUUAUCCCAAGUUUGUGGUCAAUGUUGAAGUCGGAGUUUUGCCAGCUAGCCUCUUUAGCGGUACCUCAGCUCCUCCAUGCUCUCUCUUUGUCCCAUGGGGCGGACAUCUUCUGGAACCUCAUCAACACAAACUUCAACAGCAAAGACUGGAAAAUACGAUUCGAAGCAGUGGAGAAGGUGGCAGUGCUAUGCCGCUUCCUCGACAUUGGCGCGGUGACAAAAAACCACCUGCUCAAGUACUCUCUAGCACACGCUUUCUGUUGCUUCCUGGCUUCGGUGGAGGAUGUCAAUCCGGCUGUGGCCACCCGAGCCAGACUGCUGCUGGACACCAUCAAGAGGCCAGCAUUGCAGGGCCUCUGCCUCUGCCUGGAUUUCCAGUUUGACACAGUUGUGAGGGAUCGGCCCGUCAUCCUCAGCAAACUACUACUGCUUCACUUCCUAAAGAAAGACGUACCCGCUCUUAGCUGGGAGUUCUUCGUCAACCGCUUUGAAACGUUAUCGCUAGAGGCUCAAUUGCACCUGGACUGUAACAAGGAGUUCCCUUUCCCUACUACCAUCACUGCGGUGCGAACCAACGUGGCCAACCUCAGUGAUGCAGCAAUGUGGAAAAUACGGCGGGCGCGCUUCGCCAGGAACCGCCAGAAGAGUGUGCGUUCCCUGCGUGACAGCGUGAAGGGCGGCCCGCCAGAGUCCAAGCGUGCAUUUUCACUCCCCGAGUCACUGAGCAACCGACUCUCGCUAAGGCUUACCAGGCAAGAGCACUCUGCCCCAACACUUGGCGAUAUGAUCGAGAAAGUCCUGCCAGGCCAAACGCUGGCCCCCGAAGACGACAGCAUCAUCAGAGACCUGCUCCCAGAAGACGCCGGCAUAGACCAUCAAACUGUCCACCAGCUCAUCAUGGUACUCAUGAAAUUCAUGGCCAAAGACAAGAGCAGCGCCGAAGCAGACAUUGGCAGCGCCAAGGCCUUUAACACUGUGAAGCGUCACCUGUAUGUGUUGCUGGGUUACGACCAGCAGGAGGGCUGCUUCAUGAUUGCACCUCAGAAGAUGCGCACCUCCACAUGCUUCAAUGCCUUUAUUGCUGGCAUCGCACAGGUCAUGGACUAUAACAUCAGUUUAGGGAAGCAGCUACUUCCCCUGGUGGUUCAGGUGUUGAAGUACUGCACAUGUCCUCAGCUGAGACAUUAUUUCCAGCAGCCACCUCGAUGCUCACUUUGGGCCCUGAGGCCACACAUCAGACAGAUGUGGCUCAAAGCCCUGCUGGUCAUUUUGUACAAGUACCCCUACAGAGAAAUGGAUGGAAGUAAAUUUGUCAUUCAUCUGAUUUACAUUACCAUCAACACCUUGAACGCCCAGUAUCACAGCUGCCGUCCACACGCAACUGCGGGUCCACUCUACAGCGACAAUUCCAACAUGAGCCGUUACAGUGAAAAAGAAAAAGAGGAGGACAGUGUAUUUGAUGAGUCGGAUGUUCACGACACACCCACUGGAGCAGCAAACAAGGAGUCGCAAACCUUCUUUGCCCGCUUGAAAAGAAUUGGCGGCAGCAAGUCCGUCAAAUACCAACCGGUUGAGCUGAAUGCAAAGAAAAGUGAAAUCGAGCUGUCUGAGUACCGGGAAGCCAGUGCACUCCAGGAUAGCAUCCUGCACUGUGUAAGGGAGGAGAGCACCAGGAAGAAGCGUCUGCAAGCCAUGAACAAGCAGAAGUCUCUGGACAUUUCCAACACUGACUCUAUUCUAUUCAACCUGGACGAACAUCGCCGCAAAUCCUGCAUCGACCGUUGCGACUUACAGGCGCCCCCUGUUGUCUUACCCCAGUCGGCCUCCGCCCACAGCAGGCGUCACGGAAAAGGAUCAUCCGACGGUUCCUGGGUUCGCGUGGAGGGUAAUGAUGCGGUGGACAGGCGGGGUUCUCGAGGAGGGCAGUCUGACAUCUCCAAACCUGUUAUUCCUGAGGUCCGCCUCAGCUGCAUGGAGACUUUUGAGGACAAACAUGAUCGUGGCUCUACCGGGGGGUCGGCUGCAGAAAAGGAGGACCAAGACCUCAUUGACCUCUCCUCCGAUUGCACCUCCAUUCCCGAAAAGCAUUCCCUGCUUUCCAUGUCAGAUAGCGACUCCUUAGUUUUUGAGCCUUUACCUCCACUUAGGAUCGUUGAGAGCGAUGAGGACUUUGACCUCAGCACCAUAAUUGGCUCCAAGUUUACCGGUACUCCAAAAGUUCUGGCUUCCCCCGCGAGUAGUAACACUUUGCGACUGUCUCCGGUGGUGCAGGUGAGUGUGGAAGACUGUUCCAGUGACAAAAAGAUCCCAGACCUUCUGACGGGAGAAACGCUUUUGGAAAAGAAACUGACUCCCUCGAGCUCUUUGGAACUACCUGAGCGACAGGAGAACAUUUGUCAGGAGAGUCCCAUCAUGACCCUGAAGCAGAAGCGAGACCUGCUGAAGAAGACACCCCAUUUGCCGGACACGUCGCUGGAUGACGCAUUUGGGACACUAGAGGAGGGCAAGUGUUCGAGCCCCUCCGGCAGGAUGAUCUUUUUGGACAUCCCGGAGGACAAGGCAGAACAUCUGUCCUCACCGGAGAGAAGCAAUGACGAGGAAGAAUAUGGUGACGAUGAGGAGGACGACGACAUGGGGGAUGAAGCAGACAGCGAUAACAAACCACAUGACGGUGAUGACAACGACGAGGCAGAGUUUAAAAUUCAGAUCGUUCCUCGACAACGAAAGCAAAGGAAGAUAGCUGUCAGCGCCAUCCAGAGGGAGUACCUGGACAUCUCCUUCAACACGUUCGAUAAGCUUGGAAAUGAGCAGGCCGCAGACCCAGAUCACAAAGCUUUGUCCACUUUGGAAAAGCCAAGAGAAUCUUCCUCAGCGCCGACACUCGAAGCCGCAAUGCCCGAAACAAGCCACCGUUCUUCAGUAUCUGCUCAGUACCGUCAGGUGAAGCGAGGUUCUCUGGGCGCGCUGACCAUGAGCCAACUGAUGAAGCGACAGCUGGAGCAUCAGUCCAGUGCACCGCACAACAUCAGCACAUGGGACACAGGUCAGUCAGGCAUUCGUUACACCAAGCUCAAUGACUUCUAUUUGAUCUGAUCAUAAUGAAUGCUUUUUAAUGUACUCUUAGGUCCAACAAAAACCAGUCUGCUCUCUGCACCGAGCACAGUUAGCAUGUUUGUCCCUGCACCUGAAGAAUUCAUUGAUGAGCAGCCCACCUUAAUGUCUGACAGGUGCCGGGACUGUGCGGCUGUUUUGGAAGAAUACGAUGAGGAGACACUGGGCCUAGCAGUGGUGGUGCUUUCCAUGUUCAUCCACCUCAGCCCUGAUCUGGCCGCUCCUAUGCUAUUGGACAUCAUGCAAUCUGUGGGCAGGUUGGCUUCCAGUGCUAAUUUUUCUGGACAAGCUGAGAGCAUGUUGAUCCCAGGGAAUCUUGCGGGUGUUGCCAAGCAGUUCCUCCGCUGUAUGUUCCACCAGCUGGCUCCAAAUGGCAUUUUGCCGCAACUCUUUCAAAGCAACAUUAAAGAUGGAAGUUUUCUUCGAACGCUUGCUUUGUCGCUCAUAGAUUUCAAUGAACUGAGCUCUGUCGCUGCACUGAACAUGCUGCUUGAGGGCUUGAACAACAAGAAGAGUCUACCGGCAGGAGGCACUAUGCUGCACUGCCUGGACAACAUUGCCACCUUUAUGGAAGCCCUCCCCAUGGACUCCCCGAGCAACCUGUGGACCACCAUCUGCAACCAAUUCCAAACGUUCCUCACUAAACUGCCCUCUGUGCUUCCUCUAAAGUGCCCAAUGGAUUCCAGCCUGAGGAUUAUAAUUUGCCUUCUGAAAAUCCCAACUACAAAUUCAACUCGGAGCCUCCUGGAACCUUUUUCCAAGCUGCUGAGCUUCGUCAUCCAGUACGGCAUCUUCAGCCUCUCCUACUUAGUCGAAUUAUGCGGACUCUGUUACAAAGCCUUUAACAAGGAGCGAGAUAAGUUCUACAUGUCCCGCAUUGUGGUGUUGGAACUGCUUCAGGCUCUCAAGUUCAAAUCCCCGCUACCUGACACAAACUUGUUACUGCUUGUCCAGUUCAUUUGUGCGGAUAUCGGCACACGGCUAGCGGAAUCCACCAUCAUCCAAAAGCACAUGAUCGCUACAUUGCCUGGGUGCACAACAGCAGCAAUGGAAUGCAUGAGACAAUACAUAAGUGAGCUCCUGGACUUCAUUGCAGACAUGCACACGCUAACCAAACUUAAAAGUCACAUGAAGGCUUGCUGUCAGCCACUGCACGAGGACACUUUCGGGGGGAACCUUAAAGUGGGAUUGGCGCAAGUUGCCGCCAUGGAGAUCAGCAAAGGCAAUCACCGUGACAACAAAGCCGUGGUCCGUUAUCUUCCCUGGCUUUACCAUCCGCCCUCUACCAUGCAACAAGGUCCUAAGGAGUUCAUCGAAUGUGUUUCCCACGUGCGACAACUGUCUUGGCUCCUUUUGGGUUCCCUCACACACUGCGCCCUGCAUCAGGGCUCCACUUCCUGUAUGCCCAUCCCACUGGAUGCCGGCUCCCACAUCGCCGAUCAUCUUAUUGUCAUUCUUAUUGGCUUUCCCGAACAGUCCAAGACGUCUGUGCUGCACAUGUGCUCUUUGUUCCACGCCUUCAUGUUUGCCCAGCUGUGGACCAUCUACUGCGAGCAGGCGGCCGCCGCUCCUUCUUUGCAGAACCAGAACCAGACAGAGUUUUCCUCCGGCGCCAUUCUGACAGGCCUGGAGUUCUGGAGUCGUGUAACACCCAGCAUUCUGCAGCUUAUGGCGCACAAUAAGGUGAUGGUUGAGAUGGUGUGUCUUCACGUUAUUAGCCUAAUGGAAGCUCUGCAGGAGUGCAAUUCGACCAUCUUUGUCAAGCUUAUUCCAAUGUGGCUACCCAUGAUUCAGUCCAACCUUAAGCACCUGUCGGCCGGUCUCCAGCUGCGUCUGCAGGCCAUCCAGAACCGCGUUAACCACCAGUGUCUGCAAGGUCAGAUGGCAGGCGCGCCGCCCUUCGCGCUGCGCAAGUGGCUCCAGUGCACACAGUUCAAGAUGGCGCAGGUGGAGAUCCAGUCAUCUGAGGCCGCCUCGCAGUUUUACCCCAUGUGA